AUGGAAGAUGAUUCUACUAGUGAUGCUUGGGAAAGAUUCAAGGAGCUAUUGAGGAAGUGUCCUCACCAUGGUAUCCCACAUUGCAUACAAAUGGAGACAUUUUACAAUGGUCUCAAUGCAGCCUCUCGAAUGGUAUUGGAUGCUUCAGCCAAUGGAGCCAUUCUUUCCAAGACUUAUAACGAAGCAUUUGAGAUUUUGGAAAGAAUAGCAAGCAACAACUACCAAUGGUCAAAUACUAGAGCCCCUACAAGCCGGAAAAUAGCAGGUGUUCUUGAAGUAGAUGCUCUAACAGCUCAAAUGGCCUCAAUGACUAACAUCUUGAAGAAUAUGAGUUUGGGAGGAAAUAUUCAGCCAGCUGCUACCAUUCAAAGUGCAGAAGUAUCAUGUGUGUAUUGUGGGGACGGGCAUACUUUUGAGAAUUGCCCUUCAAAUCCAGCCUCAGUUUGUUAUGUGGGAAAUCAGAAUUUCAACCGCAACAACAACCCAUAUUCUAGCACUUACAAUCCAGCGUGGAAGAAUCAUCCUAAUCUGUCAUGGGGGGGUCAAGGAGCAAGUUCAAGCACAGCACCAGCACAAGGAAGACAAGCAUAUCCACCAGGUUUUUCACAACAGCCGAGACCUUCACAACAUGUUCAAAACACCCAGCCGAAUUCUUUGGAGAAUCUAAUGAGGGAGUAUAUGGCUAAGAACGAUGCAGUAAUACAAAGCCAAGCAGCUUCUCUUCGUAAUCUUGAGACACAGCUCGGCCAACUAGCCAAUGAAAUGAAAACUAGGCCACAAGGAUCUUUGCCUAGUGAUACAGAAAACCCAAGGAGAGAUGGGAAAGAACACUGUAAAGCUAUUCAGCUGCGGAAUGGUAAAAAUCUGGGAAAUUCUGAGGAAAUACAUGGUAGUGGAGAGCCCACUUCAAUCCAAAGCGAAGGAGAAACAAGUAAGAAAAAUGCCCAGGAAAUUGCUGAAACUGGCCCAGUUGCUACAGCAAAGGGUCAGCAAACUGCUCCAGUAAAUUCUGGUUCUAAACCGCCCCUUCCAUUUCCGCAGCGAUUUCGCAAACAACAACAGGAUGGUCAGUUCAGAAAGUUUUUGGAUGUACUGAAACAGUUGCACAUUAAUAUCCCAUUGGUCGAAGCAUUGGAACAAAUGCUGAAUUAUGUCAAGUUCUUAAAGGAUAUUUUGACAAAGAAAAGGCGAUUGAGGGAGUUUGAGACUGUGGCUCUCACGGAAGGAUGUAGCGCGAUGUUGAAAAGUAAAAUACCCCCCAAAUUAAAAGAUCCUGGCAGUUUCACGAUUCCGUGUUCUAUUGGAGGUAGAGAUGUUGGAAGAGCAUUAUGCGAUUUGGGCGCUAGCAUCAACCUUAUGCCUAUGUCAAUCUUCAAAAAGUUGGGUAUUGGUGAAGCACGACCCACUACUGUUACAUUAUAG